AUGACGCCUCAUGCCCAACCGGCUGGACCUAACAAGAGUGAGGGUCAGUUUGAGAGCGACUCCAGCUCUGCCGUCAGCAAGAUAUUCUUGGAUAAUGGGUCUGAUAAUGACUCAACCAGCGACCCAGAAGACAGCGAUGAGUCUAGUGACAAUGAUGAGCAGGAUGAGGAGUCCGUCAUUAACAAGGGCGAGUUGCCUAUAGAGCAUUAUGGGGCCCAAGCAGAGAGCCUAGAUAUCUCUCAGCUCUGGCAGAAGUGGUACAGCAACACCACACAAGAGAAGUUAGAUGAGACAUGUGUCUAUUGGGAUAUGUGUCACGGAACUCAACUAGACGAUGAAUAG